AUGGCUUACGUGACCGUCUGUUGCUUUUCGGAUACGCUCCAGAUGCUUAGUCAACACUCAACAGGAUUACCUUUCCAGACCAACUGUCAAGAUAGCAUAGAUGAAUUGGAAAUUGUGUCUACAAAUUUUGAAACCGAAGAUGCCGUUGAUAAUUUUGAAUUAAUUCGAGAUACCGAUCAAAAGGCCGUAAAUAUUGCAAAAAUAAUAAUGCAACUGAAGAAGGAAUUAGUUGACUUACAAAAUGACUGUGGACCCACAAAUUCGAAUGAACAGGACAUAUGUAGGUUACAAGCAAAGUUAACAGAAAUGGUGUUACAAUAUAAAAAAACUGUCGUUGAUGUGCUUAAAUUGGCUAAAGCUAAUAACUUUGAUAUUGAAAACCUCGUAUGUCGAAAAAUUGACAUUAAUCAAAAUACUAAAUUGGACGAUUGUGUGACAACAGUAAUCAAAGCUUCUGAAGGAGAACAAAUGGUUCCGUGGAUAUUAAUUAAUAACGAACAAAACAGUCCAACAUUUUUCCACUAUGAUCUAAAUAAUAAUGGAACUAAAUGCAACAAACCUGGUAAUGGAUCAGUUUGUUCAUGUAACGAUGAAUCCGAAAAUUGUUGUUUGACUGAUAAUGAAGAUAAUCAUACUAUGAGUGAUAAGUGCAAUUUACGUUCCAAAAAUUCAGAUACUGAUUGUAAAAAGGAAGGAUUUAGAGAUGAACUCAUGACAAUAAAGGGAGAAAUGAAGAUAUUAAAUCAACAGAACCACAAUUUUCUGUGCAAACUUAAAAGUGCUAAUCAACAAACACAUAUCUUAACAAAUGCUCUUAAAAAAAAAUUAGCUUCUCAAGGAAAUAAAGGAAUAAAUGAGAGUGGUACAUGCCAACCAGGAAAUAUUGAAUCGAAAUCAAAAUCACAAGUUUUAUUGCUUGAAAUAAAUCGAUUAAAUGACGAAUUAAAGGGAUUGAAACGAGAUCGGUGUCAAAUUGAAUUAGCUAAAAAAGUAUUAAACAUAUCUGAUGCCCUGUGUGCUAAUUGUGCAGGGCCAAUAAAUCUAGGCGACGGCCAAGAACCACAGUGUAGAGAUCUGACUACGGAGUAUAAUACAUUAUUGGCAGAUCACAACAAUAAAUUAUUAGAAAUUACAAAUCUGCGAAAAAAGCUUAACGAAGCUCAGUGUAACUAUAAGAACUAUGAAGACCGUUUAAAAAUAUUGAAAACUCAGAUCUGCCAGUUACAAAAACAAUUGUUUGAUUUCACUUCAGCAAAAUCCCACGAUCCUGAAUUGGCUUGUUCAAAUGAAAAAUACUUGAUUGAAAGCUUGAGAAAUCGUUUGCAAGAUGCAACUAACGAAAAAACUAACAUGCAGUUGGCACUCGAUUUUCAUCUGACCGAACUCGAGGAUAAAAAAUCAAAGUUUUUGGCAGUUCUACAGACAAAUCAAGAACAAAAAUAUCGCAUUGAAAGUAUUUGUAGGGAAAAAAAUAAAAUUGCCGAAGAUUAUGAAGCGGAGUUUAAUCGAAUGAAUGAACAUUUAAACUCAAGCCUUGAAGAGCUCGGGACAUUACCUGGAUUAUUAGCAACUGCGCAGCGGGAUUUAGAAAAGGAGACAUUGACUAGAAUAGAAUUGGAAAAGGAACGUGACAAUCUUUUAAAUGCAAUUGAAUUAUUAAAAGCAGCUUUGGCGAAUGACGAUAGAGAAGCCAAAGAAAAAAGACUCAUAUGUCUAGAAGAAGAAAACACGCAAUUAAAGGCUAAGAUAAUGACUCAGGAAGCUAUUUUGGCGGAAAAUAAACGACUAUACAUGGAAAGAACUCACUAUUCGUUACAGUUGAAAGAGAACUUAGAUCUUGUAAGAAAAGAAGCAGCUCUACAAGUGACGAAAACCAAAAAUUUUUCUGAAUGCCAGAUAUUAAAAUAUGUUGAAUACAUACAACAGUUAGAACAAAAGUUAGUCGAACACAGAGCAAUAUCGUGUUUAGAAUUUCAAAAACGCGACCAAAUUGAUGAACGUUUAAGAAAUCAAAUCGAAGUAUUGACGACCAAUUUGAAUGAAGCACAAAAACAAAUAGAACAUAUAAUUAAUGCGAAACAUUCAAUGGAAGAUGAAACGGGAGGAGAAAUAUGCAAGAUCCCUAGGGUGCUAAAUUCAGCAUGUCAUGGUUUAAAUAAACCAAAAGACAAUUGA